GUGUAUGCUCCUUGCUUCAGGUCUUUGCAAAACCUGUGUCGUAUAUUUCCUGCUUCAAAGCUGGAUAAUUGCAUUUGAGGCAAUACAGAUCAAGACAGAGCGUUACCGCAGUCAACAUGGAGAAGAUGUAUGAUAACAAAGAGGCGCACGACUUCGAACGUUCGUCGACGUAUACCGAAGCCCGCCAGGAUGAGACAACAACGAUGGCAGACGGUCUACAUCCACAAGAUCGUGGGUUCCACGCUUGGAUUAAUUUGGCGGCUCUGUCAUCGAUGCUGAUGGUCACUUGGGGCUAUGUCAGCGCCUACGGCGUCUUCCGGCAAUGGUACUUUCAGAAUCCUCCAUUCAAGGGAAAUCAAAUUCUCGCUGAGAUCGGAGUGCUAUCAGUGGGUAUUUUGCAAAUGAUGACUCCAUUCCUACUUCGACUUCUUGAAGGAAGAAGUCAUUGGCGAAAAUGGUCGAUGGCUAUCGGCGGCGUUUUCGUCGUUGCUGGAGCAAUCGGUGCAGCUUUCGCAGAAUCGGCAGGCGCUCUGAUUGCCCUCCUCGGUGCCUUGUACGGCAUUGGGAGCGGUCUACUUUUCGCACCGUCCAUCAGUCUUAUCGAUGAAUGGUUUCUGGAAAAGCGGGGACUCGCCAAUGGUAUCUACUUCGGCUCAAAUAACAUAUCCGCGGCUUGGUGGUCUCCGGUCUUUUCUGCAUUGCUCAACAGAUUUGGACCCAAACCUGUGCUGAUUGCCUGGGGAAUUUUUGCCGGAGUGGUGAUCUUCCUUGCGAUCCUUGUGGUCCAUCCUCGGGAGUCUGUAAAGUCUACUACCAUCAAGCAAGCUCCAGUGACUUGGAAGCCAUUCAAGAAACCGCUAUUCUGGCUCGUUGCCUUGUCGGUAUUCCUUCAAGGCUUGGCAAACAUGCUACCAGCGACAUAUCUCCCCACUUAUGCAACUGAUCUGGGAAUAUCUUCAACUCAAGCUUCGCUUCUCUUGACCGUGCUCAACAUUUUCGGAAUGGUCGGACAGGUAGCAUUCGGUUUCUUGAUUGACGCCGUCGGCAUUCUCAUCCCCCUGCUUCUGAGCACAUUGGUCAGCGCGUUCUCCGUCCUCGUCAUCUGGGGAAUUGGCCGCGAGUAUUGGUCGAUGAUCAUCUUCGUCAUCCUUUUCGGCGCUUUCUCCUUCAGCUUCAUCGUGCUGCGCAGCCAUUUUGCUGCGGCCAUUGUGGGCGACAAGACUCGAUCUAACGAGGUCACCCUUGUCUCGGGCGCUUUGAUGUCGAUACGCGGAGUGGCUUGCAUCAUCUCUGGCUUCAUCGGCGACGCCGCGGCUUCGGGCGAUGCGUCCAAAGGUGUCCAAAGUGGUUAUGGAGCAGGGUUGUGGCAGGCUGUUAUCUUGACCGUCGGUUGCUUGAUGUUGGGCGCCACAGUCAGCGCCUUCGGCUUCAUUCGUAAGCCCAAACCGUGAAUAUAUUUUGGUCACUUUAUCACGGGCAAACAUAUCUGUGAGAUUCCACGUGAGAUUCCACGUAACAUACAAGACUUAUAAACAGCAUUUAGACGGCAUCCAUGCGUCAACAACGCGAAUG